AAAAGCAACGCGAACUAUAGUUGGCUGCUGAAUUUCAAAGUGUUACAUCGAACGCUCAACGUUAGGCACUGUCAUUACAUAUGUGUAUAGUUGCUGUAAAUACAAUAGGUCUUUAAGGAAAGAACCAGAUAUUAUGUCUAAAGGAAUGUCAGCUCCACCACCACCUGGAUUUGUUCCACCGCCAGCACCACCAUCUUAUCAUGACGGACGACCAAACGUAGUUGUCAUAGGUGCGCCGCAAUUUGAUUCAGAACCGCAACGAUUAACGUGUCCUCAUUGUCACGCAAAUAUUUCUACAGAGAUACAAACACAAGCAAAUACGAGAACUCAUCUUUUUGCGUUAUUACUUUGUGUGACUGGAUUAUGGUGCUGUGCCCCUUGCCCUUAUUGUAUAGACUCGUGUCAGACAAAGAAACACUACUGCCCAGCUUGUAAAGCAUACUUAGGAGAAUCAGUCCAAUAAUUAAUUGAAUCUAAGUAUUGUCAUCGAUUAUUGUACAUAGAUACUAUGUAUUAAAACGCGUAUUGAUACAACUUUUUACAUGAUUUAGAUACAUGUAAUAAUUUUUUACUACAUCAGACAGCAUUUAUCCCAAUCAUAUUGAAAAACCAACGUUCUUAUUUCUUAUAGUAAGGAGUUUAGGUUAAUAGUUUGAAACUUAUAUUGUUAUAUGUAUUAAUGAUCAUUUGAAAUAAUGUUUUAUAUUAAUAAUAUGUCAUUUAAAUAUCACUACUAUUAUUAGGAUAGAUGUACCGACUUUGGUCACAAAGUAACAGUGCACAAUGAAGUAUAAAAUAAUCGCAAAAUUUAACAGCGAAUUUAUAAAAAAAAUUGAUUAAUUAAUUUAUGUAAGAAUGUAUUUUAUUAUUUCUCAGGCAAACUUAUAUACAGUGGCUCUUCAAUAUACAAUGUGAAAGGACAUGAAUUUAAAUCAAUAACUGUACCAUUAUUAAAUCAGAGAUAAUUUCUGAUAACA